AUGGCCACCCAGUCCUGCAUUGGUGGCCGAAUUACUCCCGUUACCAGGGACAACGUUUCACUUCGUUCUCAUCGAGGACGGGAAAUCGUAUUGACGCGGACCGACUCGUCACUUUCCAAAACCAAGUCGCUGCCAUGGAGCGCAUCCGAGGGUAGACGUCGCGUUCCGAUAGAAGUCACAGCCAAAGACGAGGAUUCUGAUUGCUUGACUUCCUCUUAUCGUUUCUACAGUGCUGCUCAUCAAAGCGACGAUCUGACGCAAGAGGAGAAGCAGAGAAUCGCACAGCCUUUUGAAAAUUGGAGCUGGCUGCGAGCUACUGAGCCAAAUCCGAACAAGCUCACUCUCGCCGGUACUCAAUUCCAGCAGGAGGCAAACAAGUUGGAGGAACUUCACAACGUCCUCGCUCGCUUCGCUCCGCACUUCUGA